CUUUUUUUUUAGCUUCUCUUGCUGGUGGCCUCACAUAGGUCUAAUCUAGUUGUUAGCCAUGGAUGCUAAUCAAGGCCCAGGCCAGGGCAGCCCGGAAAGUCCGAAUCGUGCGGUGGAGUACCUCCUUGAACUCAACAACAUCAUCGAAAGCCAGCAGAAGCUUCUGGAAACGCAAAGGCGGCGCAUUGAUGAGCUGGAGGUCCAGCUAGACCGCCUCAGCCAGGAGAACAAGGACCUGCGCUUGGUCCGUGAGCCCGCCGCACCGCCUCCGCCCGCACCUCCCGCGGAGCCUCGUCUUCCUCCUCCUCCUCCCCCGCCGCCGCCUCCCACUCACUUCUCCUCCGUUCCCGGCAAGAACCACCACCUCCACCGCAACAAGCCUCCCGCCUCCAUCCCGCUCAACGUCAGCCACAACCACCAGCACCAUCACUACAAUAGCAACUCCACGGUCCACCUUCCCUCCGCGGCCCCCGCCUCGCAGGUCCCCGCGCCGGCCCCUCCGCCGCCUCCGCCUCCCAUUCCCCCCCGGGAGCAGCCGCGGGGGCACAGCCGUCUGAGCCGAACGGCGUCCACCGGCACCGGAACCAACACCAACUUUGUGGAGAAGGAGAAGGAGCGCCUGGAGCGCCUGCACAGGAGUAACGCCGCCAACAACCACCACGCCCACACGCUGCACCACCACAAAGCCAACCCCGCCUCCUCUUGUCGUCCGUCCAGCAUCACCACUCCUUCCUCCUCCGCCUCCUCCUCCUCCUCUCUCUACACGUCCAGCCUCCCUCCUAACAGCCACGCCUCGUACCAUCAGUACUGCUGCCCCGCGCGCCUCCGCCUGCCCAAGCCUCCCUGCGCCUUGCCCCCCGCCAACAAGCACCACGAGCAGGCAAGAGAGGAGGAAGAUGAUGACAUCGCCCAUCAGUUCUGUUGCCCCGCCUCCGAGUGCAGUAGCCCCUCCUCUAGGUAACCAGGGGCGACCAGCGGCCCCCGGCGCCGAUCCGUGUACGACCCCCAAACGGCGCCGCCCGCCGCUGCGCAACCGAACAGCCGACGGAGGCCGGCGUUCGACGGAUCCUAAAUCUCGACGUGACCAAAGCGGCAAAGUGCAGCUUCCCUGGCGGAGAAGACAACGAGUCGGCCGCUCGGCUUCUUCUUUUCGCGUCAAAGCCGGGAACGUUUUUCCCGUCGGAGGACGACAUAUUUUGGGCGCGACGCUUUCUGAGUCCCGUUCACAUGCCGCGGAUGACCCGCAGUGACUCCGCUCCGAGCUAGCGGCUGUCUCGCGGACGGAAUGUCGCUCACGAAAGCUCGCCGCUCCAAACUGGGGAGGACGGAGGACACGGGACCGCCAUUGCGCGAGCCAUCCGGCUCGCGCAAUUGCGAGCCGGAUGGAAAC